GCUCCACUGGUAGUGUGCUUUAGGGAUAGUAGGAGGUGACCUUACUGAAGUAUUGUAGAAGUACUGCAUUUAUAUUUCAAUUCAUGUGAAAUUAAAUUCAGUUGCAAUUUAUUUUAGUCCAAUGAUUUUUCAGGCCUUGUUAGCAACAGAUGUCCGAUUCGAUUUAUGGCUUUGUAGCGUUGCUAGUUAAAGUAAAAGCUUUAUUAGUGAAAAUAAAAGCUGAUUUUCUACAAUAGCUCAUCUGAGAUCAGGAAUGGCAGAAGCACAGCAGGCUCGAAUGCAGAAGGCAGUGGAAGAUAUGGUUCAGAGUCUGGAGAGAGAUCAUAUCCGCGCGGAUGUUCCACUGCAGUGCAGAAUGCUGUGAGCAUCCCAGCGACUCCAUGAACCAGGUGCAUCAGUGUAUAGAGCGCUGCCAUGCACCAUUGGCCAAAGCUCAAGGACUGGUCACUAGUGAGCUUGAAAAAUUUCAGGACCGUCUCUCAAGAUGUACAAUGUACUGUAAUGACAAGGCCAAGGACCUGUUCGACUCUGGGGCGAAGGAGCCUGCUGUGCGUGCGCUGAUGGACAGCUGUGUGUGCAGUUGUGUGGAUGAGCACCUCAACAUGCUGCCCAGUAUGACCCGCAGACUGAAAGACAGCUUGAACUCAAUACCUCAGUGAAGAAAUAAUUAACACAGAGGCUAAACAAAAUGAUUGUUAGGGACUUGUGUCUUUACUAGAUGGAAGAACUUGCUCUUCCUGGCUAUCACCACAUUGUGAUGUUUUGGUGAAUGGCAUGUGUUGAUUUCUGUCUCCAUGUUGUUUGUGGAUUUUGUACUGACAAUAAAAAAUGUGAUGAAACCUAGCUUGACAUCUGUUGAAUGUGGCAGAGAGAUUUAUAAAUUAAUAACGUUUUCUUUGGACUUUUGACAUAUAAGAGGUCAUUGAACUAUUAAAACAUACUGUAAGUUUCAGAACUCAAAACUUCCUCCUCACUGCAAAAAGAGCAUUUGUCGAAACCAAGCUGCCAAUACUACUUGUUCAACACUGUGGUGGAAAUUUUUAUCUGACCGCCUUCACAACAACACAUCAAUGCCUACUUUACCUUUAAUAACUUCAGUAGCCCGCCCAGCAACUCUAAGCAGUGUGAUGGCAAAGAGAGAGCAGGUCAGUCAAGAGCAGAGAGCCAAUCAUAACACUGGGCAUGUACUGUCAAAUCUUAAAGGAGAAUCAGCACCAAAACCAAAUGGUCAGAAUGAGUGUGGAAAAUGAGCAUGUUUUACUUUUUUUGUACAAAAAAAAAAACUUUACUAAAUGUGAACCUUAAGAAACAUUUUAUAAAUAAUAAAACAAAUGCAUGUCAUGACCCUUUCAAGAAGAAUCUUGUGUAAACUGUUGAGAAAUAUCUGAAUCAGAUUUCACCCAAAAUGUUAUUUUCUAAACGUUUUAAAUUAAAUUGUACCUGUUUUUAGGACAAUUACAUUUGCAUCGA